CACCUGAGAGUCCCUUUCAGUUUCAUGCUCUUCUAAGUGUAUAAUAUAAAUUUUAAUCUAGAUUCUGGGAAAGAAGAAAGUAUUUAAAAGGUGUCUUUUCUGUGUUAUCUCAUUCCCUGGAACAUGCUGUAGUUAUUUAUAAAUGAGUAACUACCAGCUGCCUUUUCUCACAGUUUUUUUUUUUCCUCUCAAAAAUACUCUGAUAAGCAGCAAACAAGGAACAACCACAGGACUACAGGCAUUUGUAUGUAACUAUCUUCAAAAGCCCUACAGCAGGGAUAUAUAAAAACCAUGAAAAGCAAAUUAAUAGGAUUCCUUAUGAACUUUUGGAUUUCUUUUUCAUUCGCUUUGUAUUUUCAUGCGGGAGAAAGAGAAGAGAAAUGCAUAAUUGAAGAUAUUCCCAGUGACACCUUGGUAGUUGGGAAUUACAAAGUACAACGCUGGGACAUACAAACACAUGACUUUCUUGAAUCUGCUCCUGGUUUGGGAAUGUUUGUGACUGUCACAAUACCUACUGGUGAGAUACUGUUGUCAAAACUGUAUGGGCCACAAGGGACUUUUACUUUUACAUCCUACAUCUCUGGGGAGCAUAUCAUCUGUUUCCAGUCUAACUCCACAAGAUUUGCAGUGAUUGCAGGAAGUAAACUGCGUAUCCACUUGGACAUCAGAGUUGGAGAACAUUUUUUGGAUGAAUCUGCUAUUCAAGCUAAGGACAAAGUAAAUGAAGUUAGUAUCAGACUAGAGCAUCUAGUGGAGCAAAUUCACCACGUAACCAGAGAACAAGACUAUGAAAGAGAGCGCGAAGAAAAAUUUCGGAAAACAAGCGAAGAAACCAACAGCAAUAUUUUGUGGUGGGCUAUAGUACAAACACUAAUCCUCAUCUCUGUUGGAAUCUGGCAAAUCAAAUCUCUCAGAGAUUUCUUUAUAUCUAAGAAGCUUGUUUAAGUUCUAUAAAGUCAACGCACAGAUUCAAAAAUUGCACACCAUGUAACACUGAACAUCCAAAGAAACCCUGCACCUAUGAGAAAAUUGCUUGUAUGGAACUCUCAGCUUUCUCUCAUUUUCUGUUCUAACUCUGGUGUCUCCAGCUAGGUCACAACCUCUGCCAUCCCUCACGUUUUGGUCCUUGAAUCCCAUCUUUUACUAUUUCCCCCCAUCUACAGAUAUAAAGCUAAAUAUAGAAGAAGUCAGCGAUAAAGGCAGCAUUUAAGUUCAGUACUUAAUGAAGAAUGUUUAUUUUAGGUUAAAUCCAAAAUAAAGUUUCUAAGAUUUUAAAUUACUCUGCUUGCUGAGUAAUCUUUUGGCACUACCAUGAACAGUUCAGCACUUCAGACUGACUAGAAU